AUGGAACAGCAUCUUGAAGCAGACACGAGAAUGGAACUCGCUUAUACGGCCAACAAGUGGAGGCGAACUGAGGACGAAGCUAAUCAGAAAAGGGUGUUACAGAGCCUAACAGAUUAUACAAAAUUGUUCUUCGGUCGACUUGAAAAUCAUCGGAGAGUUCUGUACAAAGCAGACCAUGAACCACGGUUAAUAUAUCACAAUGGAAGUGAAGUGAAGUCUGGAAAUGAGCAGAAAACUGGAGCAGGUGAUACAACGCUAGAUGUACAAUCAAGCCUGAUGGCGAAAACACCAGAGAACGACACCUCAUCUCAACGACAACGCUCAACACCGCAUGUCUAUAAUCCGAGCCUGAAUUCAGGACAAAAGCAAAAGAAUGAGAAGCUAGAAAGCGUGAUACAUAUACAAAAGAACAGAAUGGAAUUAGAAGAUCUGGUACGUGUGUUUGAUGAAGAAAUCGUACGGUCAGACCUAGCACAUCCCUGUAAUACACGGGCUCUCCGCAUUGUCGGACUGACGGACGUUGUGCUGCGGCGAGUACCUACCCGGAAAUACCAGAUGGACGCAGGGAAACUUGAGGAGAUGAUAACAGCAGAUACUGAGGACGGCUUAUUUCCAUUUAUGGUGAUUGGUACCAUCGGCACUACCAGCCUGGGAGUUGUCGACCCCUUGGGAGCGAUCAGCGAGGUGGCCCAGAAGCACGGUCUGUGGUUCCACGUGGAUGCUGUAAUCGGAGGCCUCCUGAUGUUAGACGAAUCUGUGAAGAGGAGAUGUGAAGGAGUACAUACGGCGGACUCAGUGGCCAUGGAUUUCCACAAAAGCCUCUCAGCUCCAUACGGAACUGCGGCUGUGCUGGUACGCAACGGAAAUCAUUUGCGUAAGACCAUGGCGAGAGACAGCGCCCCCUAUCUGGCAGACUCUUCAGAAGAGGAGUAUUCACCACUGGAUUUAAGCUUUGAAUUUACACGACCGUUUCGAGCUUUUCCUGUGUGGGUUAUGCUGAAAACACUAGGCAGUGAAAUGAUAAAAUCCGCGAUUCAGGAGAAAGUGAAAUUAACAGAAUACGCUUACAAAACAAUCAGCGAUUUCAGGAAUGUCGUCACGUGCACGGCUCCCGAUCUGACUGUUAUCGCCUUCCGGUACGUCCCAUCUGGGAGCGAAGACGGAAAUUACGCCACGCGUAAAUGGCACGAGCUAAUAGCUGAGGAAGGACAGGUCUGUCUGACACCGACAACAGUAGACGGCUUAUUCUACAUCCGGUUGUGCAUUUUGUCGUUCCGGUCCCACAUCGAGGAUGUAGAAACAGCCCUGGUCUCCAUCAAACGGAACUUAGCCUACGUUCUGUCAGGGAGUUGA